GUGAUGAAUAACGUUGGUUGGCAAAUUGAAUGGUUCCAUAAAAAGUAAAAGCAGUUUGGAAAAAUCGGUGAAUCGUCUUUUCAUGGAAGCGCGAGUUAAUGACUGCGCUAACGAGCUGUUGAUAGACAUAGCAAGCUAAUGACGAUGAACGGAACUUAGAAACAUCAUAAGAGUUAUUGUAUUCUGACUAGCCAAGAUUGUUUUCGGAUUCUUGUGAAAAGGAGUUUCCCCCUUUGGGAAAACGCACUCCCUUCGGUGUUCUGAAGGAAGUUCUUCAUGAUUAUGAAUGGACGUACGUGCAUGUACAUCAGGAUAUACAUUACGUCUGACGUGGUUCUACAUUAUUUAUUCAGUUCUACGUUACUUGUCGAGUUAUCAUUCAGUUGCUGGUAUUUCUAAAGAGAAAAAUUCAAUUUAAUCUUCGUUGGACGUUCAGUACUAAACUGACUUGAUACUGAAUGCUCUUAUAUGCAUAGCUAUCAUAUGUGCACGCUCGAAGAAUGUAAAUAAUCUACUCGUGAUAGCAUUUAUUUCCAGCGGGAACAAUCCUAAAAUAUAUUUCUGAUCUUGCCUUGAAUGAUAUCAAAGUUUAGUACUUUAGUGCCUCAUAUAUAAAUAAGGAAUGCAUUGUUUAGAUCUGUUAUCUAUUGCUAUCGUUCAUGAUAACGUUUAUCUCUGACCUAUGUUCCCGAUAUUAUCUUCCAAUCUAGCUAACAUAAUAAAUAAUACCAAAUUAUUCAGUGUUUUCAAAGUCUUGCAUAGUUCAAAAAUUUGUUUUAGUCCUAUUAAAACUAAAAUCCAUUCAAUUUCCAAACAAAUUCAAUUUUCGUAAUUUCAAAAAAUGUAGUCGAAGUACAUGUGCGUGUCCGUGUGCAUGUGUGUAUAUAGUUUCCUAAACCGCGACUGUUAUUAGCUUAUCUCGCUAAAAAUUUUAGAAACGAAAACUAUUGUAACAAAGAUUUAAAAGAAAAAAAGAAAGAAAGAGAAAGAGAAACAACGAAAGGUAUGAAUGAAAGAAAAAAAAAAGUAAAGAACAAGUUCCAACACAUUUUCAUUACGAGAUGCAAGAUCGAUUGAUCGAUGUAUCGCAAGAACCGCUCGCCCAGUUGUAACUAACCUCAGAGCUGUUGUGAACAAUGGCGACACUUGGAGAGAAGUGACACUCCGACGAACAAAUGUGUUUUUACACUUUAACGGUUAAUCUUCUUUUGUAGAUAUUAAUUACGCUCGUUGGCUGGUAAGCCGGCAAGAAUCCGUGUUUUAGAAUGGCUUUGAACGCGAACGCGUUGUCCAGUGACAUAAGCCGAAGGAAUCCACAGGAUGAGUACGAGCUCAUUCAGAGGAUAGGCAGCGGAACGUACGGAGAUGUUUACAAGGCCAAAAGACUUUCCAUGAACGACCUCGCUGCAAUUAAGGUUAUUAAAUUGGAACCAGGGGAUGACUUUGCAAUAAUCCAGCAAGAAAUUUUAAUGAUGAAAGAUUGUAGACACUCUAAUAUUAUUGCCUAUUAUGGAAGUUACUUGAGGAGGGAUAAAUUAUGGAUUUGUAUGGAAUAUUGUGGAGGUGGUUCUUUGCAAGAUAUAUAUCACAUAACUGGACCAUUAUCGGAAAUACAAAUAGCAUACAUGUGCAGAGAAACUCUUUUGGGAUUGGCUUAUUUGCAUAGCAUGGGCAAAAUGCAUCGUGAUAUUAAAGGUGCCAAUAUAUUACUGACUGAAGCUGGUGACGUCAAAUUAGCUGAUUUUGGUGUAUCGGCGCAAAUUACUGCGACCAUUAACAAAAGGAAAAGUUUUAUUGGCACUCCUUAUUGGAUGGCACCUGAGGUUGCAGCUGUAGAAAGGAAGGGUGGUUAUAAUCAACUUUGUGAUAUUUGGGCAUGUGGAAUCACUGCAAUAGAAUUAGCUGAAUUGCAACCACCUAUGUUUGAUUUGCAUCCGAUGAGAGCGCUCUUUCUCAUGUCUAAAUCUGGUUUUAAACCGCCAACGUUGAAGGAUCGUGACAAAUGGAGCCCAACAUUCCAUAAUUUUGUAAAAGUUGCUCUAACUAAAAAUCCUAAAAAACGACCGACUGCUGAAAAAUUACUGCAGCAUGCAUUUUUUCAAGGAGAAAUGAGCAAACGUUUAGCUCUAGAAUUGUUGCAAAAAGUAUCGAAUCCUAGUCAUAUGUUUACUGAUUUAGAGGCAGAUGAAGAUGGAGCUGUACCUAAUGUUCCACAGAGGAUAGCAUCUCGUCAUACUGCGAGACCUAGACCAAAAAGUCCUAUACCACAAUUAGACAGCGACGAUCAAAUUAAUCUUGACGGAACGUUACAACGAGAUGCGAUUUCUUCUUCUGUGGACACUACUCCAUCUUGGGAUAUUAUGGAUAUUAUGAAUAAUGUCAAGUCUGUUCAUAACUGUGAUGUUCAUCCGGAUUGCGGUAUCGGAUCGGCGUUCGAAGACGUACAAGAAAAUACUGUUGGCGCUAGCGUUACAACAGAUACGACAGAUAGUAAAGAAUGUCAUCAAGGCAAUACAGGCACAGAGAUAUUUCAUAUGAGUUUAAGGAGUCUAUUGCAGUACAUUGAUGAGGAGUUGUUGCUAAGGGGGAAUGCAAUGUCGAUGGUUGGUGGGCAUUGCGACCAGCUAUAUUCCCUGCAAGCUACUCUUCCUCUUGGGGAGUCGUCGAAUGACUGUGAAGUGCAUUGUCCAUAUUAUAAUAUCUCGGGAUCGCAAGCGAGCCCUAGGCGUCACAGCUCUGUGGACGAGUUGUAUGGUCUAGUGAACAAUACUCAACCCUUAGCCAAUGUUAAUGGACAACGUCAACGAUCCCUUUCCGACAGUGGCCCUAGAGACGAAUCCCCUCGAUCAAAUGGUCAAAAUGAGAUGCCAGGCGAAGGAGACAGAGAAAGUAUGAGCCCAGACUUAUUGUCCGACACUCCUCCUGUUCCUCCAAGAAGAAGGGAUAGAAAACGCCAUACACCUCCCAGACCUAUCAGCAAUGGACUGCCACCAACGCCCAAAGUUCAUAUGGGUGCAUGUUUCUCAAAAGUAUUUAAUGGAUGUCCAUUGAGAAUACAUUGUACCGCGAGCUGGAUUCAUCCGGACACAAGAGAUCAGCAUUUGUUAAUCGCGGCGGAGGAAGGGAUUUACAAUUUAAAUCUAAAUGAACUUCAUGAAACCGCGAUUGAUCAGUUGUAUCCUAGACGUACGAUCUGGAUGUACGUUAUUAAGGAUGUUCUUAUGUCUUUAUCUGGAAAGACUCCCCAAUUGUAUAGACACGAUUUAUUAGCGAUGCAAAGCAAACAGACUCAUAGAUUUUCGUUGCAUAUGAAUAAAAUAUCUGAGAGAUUAGUACCUAGGAAAUUUGCUCUAACUACUAAAGUACCAGACACGAAAGGCUGUACCAAGUGUUGCGUAGGAAGGAAUCCAUAUAACGGGUAUAAAUAUUUAUGCGGUGCAAUGCCUACUGGAAUAUUUUUAAUGCAAUGGUAUGACCCUCUAAAUAAGUUUAUGCUAUUAAAGCAUUUCGAUUGCACAUUACCGACACCAUUAAACGUAUUCGAAAUUAUAAUCACUCCCGAAAUGGAGUAUCCAAUGGUGUGCGUGUCUGUGAAACAACCAUAUCAGCAGAACAAAUUGAAGUUGGAUUUGAUUAAUAUGAACUCGGGGGCAAGUUGGUUUCACAGUGAUGAAUUGGAAGAUAUGGAUGGUUCUGCUACUGUGAUACCAAGGAGAGAAAAUCUUCAUGUUAUCAAUGUUACACAACUAGAAAAAAAUGCAAUAUUAGUCUGUUAUGAUAACGUAGUAAAAGUGGUAACGCUUCAAGGAAAACCUAGAUCGAGCAGGAAGCACAUGUCAGAGUUACAUUUUAACUUUCAAAUUGAAUCCAUUAUUUGCUUACCAGACAGUGUGUUAGCAUUCCACAAGCAUGGCAUGCAAGGCAGAAGUUUCAAAAAUGGGGAAGUCACGCAAGAGAUUAGUGAUCCGAGUAGGACGUACAGAUUACUUGGAUCGGAUAAAGUUGUGAUGCUGGAGAGCCAUUUGGUUCAGUCAGGUACACUAACUGAAUCCGAGGGCGCAGACUUGUAUAUACUCGCUGGACACGAAGCCAGUUACUAAGUUAAAUACUUUCAACUAUAUAAAUGUGCAGAGGUAUAAUGGUGAAUCGCAAGUGACUUGUGAUUGCCACUGACUACGUGUGAAGUAAAAUGUGACUGAGAGAGGCAGUGGUCGAUGUUGGUAAGAGAAUUGUUAAUUAUCCUGUUUUAAAGUGCAUAACGAAUAAGAAAUCAGCGUGCAUCAACGUACACACAUACACAGUCGUCAUUCGUCACUGUUCUCCAUAUAGCCAUUGCUGUGUAAACUGGUUAUUUAUCUAGAGAGAAAGAGAAUUUUUUAACGAAGACAUUUCGAAUUGAUGAUCUUCGAGGUUCGAAUAAAGAUCAUGGUGGAACAGAUUAUUAGAAAGAAGCACGAUAUAUUUAAAGUAAUAAUCUGUAAAUCUCGCCCUGAUGCCUGGCAAAAUAAAGCUUAUAUAUCAAUCAGAACUUCACCCGAGAAAGUGCGUUUCUCACGAAAUUGAAUGAAUAUUCGCAAUUGAUAUUCUAGACAUUCGUUAUUAUAAUAAAUGUCUAGUAAACAGGAAGUAAAUGUCUAGUAGACACGAAACUUGAUUUUAAGCAAUAUUCUUCAUUUUUUUUUUUCUUUUUUUUCUAAUUCAUCUUCUCACACCCACGAGUUUCAAACACCGAGAACCACGCAUAUAUAAUCAUAUUUACUUGUAGAUACACGGAUACUUAUAUUUUUAGAAUAAUUUUUAGAUGAUAUAAAAGAAAUAUCCUUACAAUAUUGGAAAUAAAUUAAUUGUAUCAUUGUAAGCUUCUCGUCUAAACUUUGUACAAGUCAUAGGAUAUAUUUGCCAAAGGUAGUUUAAGUAGAUUAAUAUAUAUUCGAGCAAGUAAAACAGGAAGCAACAAAUACAACGAUUUAAAUACAAAUUAAUUACCGUGUGUAUAAAGGUAUAUUUAUCGAACGGCAGUCUCAGCAAAUAUAUUUUUCUUGCAUGAAUAAAAGAAAAGAGAGAAAAAAAAGAGAAGAAUGGAAAAGUGUAAAAUUGAAACGCGUGUAUUCGAUGCAAUACAAUGUCUCAUCUUCUUUUGUAUAAGUUUUACUUUGGUAGGCAUGUCGGGCCUUUGCGUCGAAGUUAUUUUAAUAAGACAUUGCGUUCAUCAGUGUCUCUAAUUUUGGAUGAUUGUACUAUAAAUAUAUACAGUAUAAAUUGCAGAGUAGUUUAUGACGGGGCAAUCAUAAAAUAUUUAUUUUAAGAAGUAUGUAUGAAAAAACGCUCUUAACGAUUAAUUCAUCGGAAAAACAAUCAUUUUUUUGUAGAUGUAGAUGUCACAUAAACCGUUUUAAAUGUGUGCACCGUGGAACGCUUUGUGUUACAUAUAAUUGCGAAGCUCCGUGAAUUUAAAAAAGGGAAAGAAAAAAAAAAUUAACGAGACUUCUACUCCGUAAUUUUCUUCUAAAAAAACGUAUGGCUUUGGUGGAUAUGUAUCACGAAUAUCCAAAAAAAAAAAAAAAAAAAAAAAAAACAAUUUCUUCGUAAUUGUACAUGAAUUCAAAGUUUAGGAGCACGAUGUGUCUAUAUAUACGUAUAAUACAUUUGAAUUUCAAUGGAAUUUAGCGUCUAUCACUUCUUCAAGAUAAUGACAUUAAGUGCAUUUUGUGUGAUGGGUAUCAAGACUGGGAGAAAUGCGAUUUCUCAUUUGUGAAAGACUUUCUUAACUGUGUAUAACAGGAGGGAGGGGAAGAGUGCUAGAUAAAAUAGAGCUUAAGGAUCAAUGCGAAUGUUAAACGGUGAAACGAGCAUUCAGUCUCGCUUUUUUCAAAUUAACUUCUAUUUAACAUUUGAGAUUUCUUUCAUCUUUUUUUUUUUAUGUCAUUUAACAUAGGCAACAUAUAGUAUCUUGCAGUUAUUGAAUUUCACUCGCGCUAGUUAGAAUGUUAGUAAUCAAUUGAUAUCAUGUGAUAUUUCUAUGGUUUCUUCUGUACAGUAGACAUGCAGGCUGAUACUGUAUAGCCUGCGUUUGCAAUGAACAACUACUUAAAAUAUUCAGAACAAUUAUUAUUUAUUUAUAUAGACUAAUAGACAUUUUAUUUGCACUGAAGAUUAUUUUUAACGAUUUGAUGUUUCCUUUUCUUUUUCUUUUGUUUAACGUAUCGUAACGCAAAGUAAAUGUUGAAACGACCAAUUUAAAUGCUUACAAGUGAAGAAGUUCACAUCUUCGCACGCGGUUAAUAAUAUAAACUAAAAGACACGUUAAGUAGAGUUUAAAUAUUUCGAUAUUAGUUAUAGUGAGUUCGAACAACCUUUUUUUUUUUUUUUUUUUUUUUGAAAAGAGGGAAUUAAUUUAAAGACUGCACGUUGCAGAGAAUAAUAGAUCUCACUGUGAGCGUUAUUUUAGUUCUUAUAAAAAAAAAAAGAGAAAUGGUCAGUUAUUAGUAGCAUUUAAACGAAUAAUUAAAAUUAAUCAAGGGCUAGUAGGGACAGUGAGUAAUAUUUCCUGAUUAAAAAAAAGAUUUUAGUAAUUUAUUGCGUAUUAUUGAGAAUUUAACUAGCUAAAUAAAGGUAAAGUAUUAAAGGGGAAAUUAGAAGUAGUUUCUAAUUUUUUACAUAGUUUAAAUUUUGCUUAUAGAAUUUUGUAAAUAGAAGUUUAUAUUUUAGUAUUAUUUAGUGUAUCGCAGAAUGUAAUUGCUAUUUAAAUUGGACAUAAUUUGGCCAAGUUAACGAAAUAUAUCAGGGCCAUUAAGAAUUGAUUGUCAGGUUGAAAAUGAUGUCUGAAUUUGACAGUAAGUCGUUUAGUAUCUAGCAAGUAUCUGGCACUUUUCCAUCCGUUGUCGAUAGCUUGCAAACCAAAGCAAUUGAUUUGCAGUGGCGAGAAUAAUAUGUAAAUUGAGCUAGGAAGGAUUGACAGAGUAAAAUUAUCUUGAAAAUGUUGAAAUAUUUUGGUAUUUUAUAUGAAGAUUCACUGUGUAAAUAGAGAGUAGGAUUACUAAAGAAAGUAUUACGCUAUGAAAAAUUUACUAUAAUACUGUCAUUUAUAGUUGAUAAUAUUUGACUGCUUGUUUUAACAAUUCUGUUAUAUGAAACAUGUUGUAUAUAUAUUGCCCAGCGGCGUAAGUAAUUUGAGAAAUUUUAUCGCGAGUUUGAUUUCUCUUGUUUGAGGAAUUUUUACUCACUAAAAAGCUUUACUUUAAAUUAAACGACGACAAAACGUUUGAAUCAUAUGUGGUGGCUGUAAAGUAUUGAAAUUUGUACCACUUGCGUUGUAAGAUAUAGCUAAAUUAUGCUUGAAACACGCUGACAGUCUGUUAAAUGAAAAGAAUUGAAAUGAUCAUAUGUUCAAGGUAUGUCCAAGAUAGUUUCCGUUUUAAAUGUCACUCUUGUCUUGUGCAUCGCCUUUAUCACUUUCUACUUAUAUUUCAAACGUUCCAUUCCAUGCGAUAAAGUCUAGUGAUCGUUAAUUGCUUUAAAUCUUAUCGUUUUAAAUCGUAUGUCUCAACUGAAUUGACAAAGAUGAUCCUUGAAUUAUCUACAAUACCAAUAAGUUUUUUUUUAAAUGAGGAGAAUAUAUACAGACACAUAGCUUUAAAGACAAGAGAGAUGUUUCUUCAGGGAAUAAGAUUCAGGUUUAUGCAUUGGUAUACUUACACGUUUGCGUCAGCAGUUUAGUCAUGCUAAUUACAAUCAGUGCUUGAGCAAUCAGACACGAAUUGUUUAAUCAAAUUGUACACAAACAACGCAAACGGAGACGUCUAGUAGAAUGUUAAUCGUGUAAAUUGGUAGGACUUAUAAAGGAAAGGUAAUAUAAAGCAAUGUCUUCCUUGUAUCUGCUACUAAGCAUGUACUGUUAGAAGAUAUUGAGUGCAGUUGCAACAUUUGGCAUUUAAAUGAAAUUUUCCUACGUUGUAAUCAUGCUUGUUGUUUCAUUGAAAUUAUUAAUUAUUUCUCGUCGAUUGUUAUUCGGUAUAUAAAUAUUCGUAACAGUUUUUUUUUUUUUUGUACAGAUUUGUAAACGUUCGAGUGCUCCUUGUUGAACAAUUGUUUUGGAAUUUUACAGUAUAGGUAUAAUUGCUCUUUGUGUUCACGUAAUCGGUAUGCUCUCAUAUACUUUGAAGAUAAUUUUCGGGCAAAUGUAUAAUCGUGUGAUAUAGAUUACUAGAA